UCACCUCCUAAGUGAGACGCAGCCGGCACAUCACGAAACCCGUCACCCCCUUCCCCGUUCCCGGAGCCCAGCGGGUGGAGCCGCGUCCCGCCCGCCUGGAGCUGCGGCUGCGGAGCUGCGGCCCCGCCGCCCCGCCCGAGCCCUUCCCCGGCCGGCGGACCCGCCCCGCCCCGUCCCGCCCCCCCGGCGUGCGGGGUCCGCCGCUGCCGGCGCCUCCAAACUUUCGACGGGCCGUACCGGUGCUUCAUCGCCAGGGAGGAAAGAGCCGCCCCGGUGGACUUUGAGAUGGAUUAAGCAAUGGGUGACACCUGAUGACAAGAAAGGACAGCUCUGUUGCUUCGACCAGACUGCUGCAAGGAUGGGGCCCCUGGAAGCAGUAGGUGAAGAAAACCAGACAGAUGAAAUGAAAAUGGAGCUGUUCACCAAGCUCUACUUGCCGAGAUACACCACACCGCUCAAUGAAUUGGCUCUGGACCCCAAACCAGAACUGAAGGACAGCACAACGCUAGUUGAAGUACAGAUAAUCCUCAUCUUUGCUUACUGUUCCAUCAUCCUGCUGGGAGUCAUUGGGAACUCCCUUGUCAUCCAUGUGAUCAUCAAGUUCAAAAGCAUGCGCACAGUGACCAACUUCUUCAUUGCCAACCUGGCUGUGGCUGACCUGCUGGUGAAUACGUUGUGCCUGCCCUUCACUUUGGUUUACACAUUAUUGGGCGAAUGGAAACUGGGCCCAGUUUUGUGCCACCUGGUACCUUAUGCCCAGGCUCUUGCUGUGCACGUGUCUACUGUCACGUUGACUGUGAUCGCUUUGGAUCGGCAUCGCUGCAUCGUCUACCACUUGGAAAGCAAAAUCUCUAAGCGGAUCAGCUUCCUGAUUAUAGGAGUUGCCUGGGCAGUCAGUGCCCUGUUGGCAAGUCCUCUGGCCAUCUUCCGUGAGUACUCGCUGAUCGAGAUCAUUCCUGACUUCAAGAUUGUGGUCUGCUCUGAGAAGUGGCCAGGGGAGGGACAGCUCAACUAUGGCACCAUCUACAGCAUCUCCAUGCUCCUGAUCCAGUAUGUGCUGCCUCUGGCAGUCAUCUCCUAUGCCUACGCCCGUAUUUGGACCAAGCUCAAGAACCACGUUAGUCCUGGGGCAGGGAACGACCACUACCACCACCGGCGACGGAAAACCACCAAAAUGCUAGUGUGUGUGGUUGUGGUGUUUGCUGUCAGCUGGCUGCCAUUUCACACCUUCCAGCUAGUCAGUGACAUUGACAGUCAGGUGUUAGACCUGAAAGAGUACAAACUAAUCUACACGGUGUUUCAUGUCAUUGCCAUGUGCUCAACAUUUGCUAACCCCCUUCUCUAUGGCUGGAUGAAUAACAACUACAGGACGGCCUUCCUCACGGCCUUCCAGUGCGAACAGCGGCUGGAUUCCAUCCACCCUGAAGUAUCAGCAGCUGUCAAAGCCAGGAAGAAACUAGAAGCAAAGAGGAUUCAAUUCCCCGGAGACUCUUUCACACAACCUACCAAUGUCUAAGAUGUCUGACUUUAAAGAAGAAAUUAAUAUGUUGUGGACAGAGGGAUAAAUCCAUUUUGACACAUGCAUUUUUGAUGCACGGUUUUAUUCAGAAGUGGCAAAAGAAAAGUAGCAGGAAAGUUAAGGCAGGUGGUAUGAUUUGAGGGGAGUUGAUUGACAUCAAGAGUAUGUAACUAUACAACUGCAAGAAAAUGAAAGGGAGGGACUGUUUAUGCCUGUCUCUUGCAAGGUAAGAAACACUCCCAUCCCUUUCAUCUCUUUUUUACAAGUCUAAAUGACGAAGACAGAGUUUGCUGGUUUUGCCAUAGGAAGGCAAAUGACUGAUUUACAGCACAGGAAUAUUGAUGGUGGGAGUAGGUGAUUUUUGUAUUGUGUAGAGAUCAGGGAGAGCAGAAGUCUGCCAGGAGAACGAAGCCUGUCUGGGGAGAUGGACUGUGCUGACUAAAGCUCAGACUUUUCAGACCCCUUCUCUCCCACAGGCAUCUUUUGCAAAGACAAGGGAAUUAAGAAGAGAAAUAUGUUACUUUUUUUUGACUUGUGCUGAAGUACUUCAAACCACAGUGUUUGAAACAGAUUAGGGGAAAAAAAAGAAUAAAAAGCCCACCCAAACAACAGAUUCAAUGUGAAGAAAGGUCAAGUUUCUACAUAAAAUGAGAUCUGGGUUUUGGUCCAUCAAAUGGGGUAAAAAGUAAUUCCUUAAGAAUUGGCUGGGGUUAUACUGGUGAGAAAAUGUCAAGCCUGUGACCUGAUCAGUCAUUCCCUGCAGAUCCCAGCCUUUCAUUCUGCACCAGGAACAGCUCACAAACGCAAUGCUUUAAAGUGGUAUUUGAGGGCAAGGGGUGCAGGCUCAGGUCUUCUGUGAGCACUUCAUAAACUGCCAAUGUUUUAAUUUUCAGGACCUGCUUAAACAUCUAUCAUGUUAUUAACUCCACAGGCUUUGAAUUGUUGCUGCUUUCUCCCUGGAUAAUAAAACAGCAGAUAAUUUUGAUCCUCUGGAAAGGCUGCUAGAUGGUAAUGUGCUUUUCCUUAUUGUUGUUUUAUGUGACACACCCACCUCGUCUUGGAGCUUUUUCCAUCUUUAGCCUUUGUAAAAAUUAAGAACAUCUGAAUGACUGUGACCUAAUAACAGUAUGCUAGGUUUAUGUGAUAACUUAUCAGUUAUUCUGCAUGCUGUAGUUAAUAGUUAAAUUCCUUUUUUGCUCAGGUAUAAAAUUUUAAUCUGUUUACUGUGUUGUACACAGCAAUGUUCAACUCUUUCAUGUCUUUGUUUAGCCUCCUUGAACUCAUUAAAGAGACAAAGAAAAUUUCAAUCCAUGUUUAUUCCAAGCUGCCCUGUUGCUUAUCUAGAAUAAAAAUAAGUGUGAUACUUUCA